AACGGUUGCGGGGUCCCAAAAGGUUCCAGCCAGCCACCCUGCGCCAACUGAACAACCCCGGUGCAACACCAACAACUAGUAUCGUGAUACACGGCUGUAUCUCACGCAUCCAUCACCAUGGGAUCCGUUGCUGCAGACAGCUCAGAGGAGCAACCAUUUACGGUGUUAAUCACUGGUUUCGGGCCCUUCAAACGCGACUACCCCGUCAACCCCUCCUGGGAAAUCGUGCACUCCCUCCCCACCCACCUCCCGCCCCUCCGCGCCAAAGCACCCCACCACCACUACCCAUCCUCAUCAUCAUCAUCAUCAUCGCCCCCCCAACAAAAUCAACAACAACCCGCCAUCCCCCCCGUCCGCCUCCUCGUCCACCCGUCCCCGAUCCGCGUCAACUACCAAACCGUGCGCGCCCUCGUGCCGCAGCUAUGGGACCUCGAUGGUGGUGCGGCCCGCACGCGCAUCGAUGCGGCUAUCCAUGUUGGCAUGGCCGGGCCGAGGCUGUUUUAUAGUAUCGAGCGAAGGGGGCAUCGGGAUGGGUAUGGCAUGCCGGAUGUGGAUGGGGAGUUACUCGGUGAUGAGGAUGGGGAAGGGGGUGGGGAGGGUGAUGAUAAAAAUAAAGAUAAAGAGGGGGGUGGUGAGGGGAAGAAGAGGUUCUGGAAGGGGUUGCCGGCCGAGUUGGAGACGGCGUUGGAUGUGGAGGAUGUGUUGGGGAGGUGGAGGGGGCAUUCGCCGAAACACAUGGAUCUGAGAAUCUCCGAGGACGCCGGGCAUUACCUGUGCGACUUCAUCUACUUCUCGAGCCUGGCGCACCUGGAGAAGGCCGGGGAGCAGAGGAAGGUCCUGUUCCUGCACGUGCCGAGUGAUGCGUCGGAGCAUAGCAUUGCUACCGGGCGGGAUCUGCUACUACAGUUGGUGCGGUCGGUGGUGGAGAGCGAGAUGGCGAAGAGAGAGGGCAAGGCAGAGGCGGCGAGUUGAGGUCUUGAUUCAUUCCACUUGCAGCAAGCUGGCGUUACCGUGGUUUGGUCUAGGUUUUGGGCAUCAUCUUUGCGUAAGGAAGGGUUGU